GCUGGCUCGGAUGUAUGUGACGGAUCAUUGAGUUUGAGGACACUUCGUAUUGGCAAGUUUCGAGUGCGCGGUUUGUUUAGUUUGGGUCUUGGAACGUGCUUUAAAAUGAUGAGAGAAAGUAAGAAAAGGCACCCGAAAAGUAUAAAAUUGCCGGAUUCUGUUGAGGUGUUUCGUAAUUUGAAGAAUGCCAAACGAUUUGCAAUUGAUAUAGGUGGCUCAUUAACGAAGAUUGCCUAUUACUCGACUGUAUCACACCGAAAAGUAUCGUACGAGGCGGACAAAGAGGAUGUCGCUUCUCACUCUGCAGAAGAGGACCACCGCGUGUACGAGGUGUCGGAGGCCGCCCGGCUGCACUUCGUCAAGUUCGAGACCAAGUACAUCGAGAGCUGCCUGGACUUUGUGCAGGCCAACCUGGUCGCCAGCCGGGACAAGAUGGUGGGGAAGAGCAUCAAAGCGACAGGUGGGGGGGCGUACAAGUACACUCAGUUGUUGCAGGAGAAGCUGGGACUGUCGGUGGACAAGGAGGACGAGAUGGACUGCCUGAUCAAGGGCUGCAACUUCCUGCUGAAGAACAUCUCGGACGAGGCGUUCGCGUACCAGCGGCACGGGGAGCCCGAGUACCUCUUCCAGUCGGCCGACCCCAACAUCUUCCCCUACCUGCUGGUCAACAUCGGCUCGGGCGUCAGCAUCAUGAAGGUGGAGUCUGAAGAUUCCUACGAGCGGAUUGGUGGAACGGCUACUGGCGGUGGUACCUUUUGGGGCCUGGGUUCGUUACUGACAAAAGCUAAGGGCUUCGACGAGCUGCUGGCGCUGGCGGAGAAGGGCGACCACCGCCACGUGGACAUGCUGGUCCGGGACAUCUACGGCGGCGACUACGAGAUGCUGGGCCUGCCCGGCGACGUGAUCGCCUCGUCCUUCGGCAAGGCCAUGCUGUCCCGCAACGACCACAACUUGAACCAAGGGGCGCAGUUCUCGGAGGCAGAUAUCGCGCGCAGUCUGCUGUUCACCAUCAGCAACGAUGUGGGGCAGAUAGCCUGUCUGUACGCCAUGAUGCACAAGCUCAAUAAGGUGUACUUCGGGGGCUACUUCCUGCGCAACCACCCCCUCAGCAUGCACACGGUGACCUUCUCCAUCAAGUACUGGAGCCGCGGGCAGGUGCAGGCGCUGUUCCUGAGGCACGAGGGCUACCUGGGGGCCAUCGGAGCCUUCCUCAAGGGCGCGGAGGACGCAGACGCGGAGAAGUACUCGUGGCUGGAGAACUACGCGGGCAGCUCGGGGCUGAGCACGCACAUCCCCACGCAGAUGCCCAACGCCCAGAACGUGCCGGUGGACCAGCUGGAGAUCGACCGGGGCGACACGGCGGUGACCUACUGCCCGCUGCUGGCCGACCCCUCCGCCUACGUGCCGGACACCGUCGACCUCACCCGCGACUGCGAUGCCAGGGGGUACUGGCUGCAGUGCUUCGAGGAGACGGCCAACAAGUACGCGAGCCGGGCCAUCCAGAGCCAGCCCCACAGCGAGUCGGCGGCCGAGCGCGCCCGCCAGUUCAAGGAGAAGUACGUGUCCCGCCUGCACUACCUCAAGAGCCAGCCAUUUGCUUACGGACACCUGACAGUUCGCACACUUCUGGAUACCAUCGAGCACUGCCUGAAGGAGUUUGACUUCCCAGAUGUUUAUCUCGAGCAAAAGAAGCUGGAGAACGAGCAGGCGCUGGGCCUGCUGGGCCGACGGCUGCAGUGGCUGGACGGCCUGGAGUGGGGGCCGCGGCAGGAGACGCUGGUCACCUCGGUGCUCGCCGGCAACAUGGUGGACUGGGGCGCCUCCGAGGUGGUGCAGCUCAUGGAGAGCACCGACUUCGGCUUCUACGAGGCGCGCUCCACCAUACAGGCCCGCCCGUGGUUGGUAGACUGCCUGGACGAGUGGAUGGACCGGCUGAGGGGCCCCGCCCACAAGUGUGCGGCCAUCUUCGUGGACAACAGCGGCAUCGACCUGGUGCUGGGCGUGCUGCCGUUCGCCCGGGAGCUGCUGCAGCGAGGCACCGAGGUGAUCCUGUGCGCCAACUCGGCCCCGGCGCUCAACGACGUGACGCACUCGGAGCUGGUGCGGGUGCUGUGGCAGGCGGCGAGCGUGUGCUGCGUGAUCCGGCGCGGCCUGGAGGAGGGGCGUCUGCUCGCCCUGGAGACCGGCCAGACGGGGCCGUGCCUCGACCUCAGCCGCCUGAGCGAGCCGCUGGCGCACGCCAUGACGGCCCGCCGCGUGGACCUGGUGGUGGUCGAGGGCAUGGGGCGCGCGCUGCACACCAACCUGGACGCUGCCUUCAGCUGCGAGUGCCUCAAGCUGGCCGUGGUGAAGAACCGCUGGCUGGCCCGGCGGCUGGGCGGCGACCUCUACGCCGUGCUGUGCAAGUACGAGCGGCCCCGCUCCCCCAGUUUACAACUUUCUGAGGGUUAAAUAAAGGUGGGUGUGAUAAGGAAUUUUGGUUCCAUAAAAUUUUGAAAGGUGAAAAAAAAAUCCCGCAGGAAACAAGACAGGAUCAAGUAUUAUUUGAUGAUACAGAUUUCAAAAAUUUCUGAUCUAUUACAUAGGGAAAUGGUUUCUUUUUAAUUGUGUAGGCUUAAAUAUAACGAUUAUACUUUAAUAAAGGCACAUCAUUUUAAAGGAUUGGAAAAUAAUAAGGAAUAAGGCAAACCUAAUUUAAUUUUAUUGUAACCUUCAAAUUAAAACAAGUCUAAUUUGUGAAAUACUGAAAAAAAUUAGAUCAUAUUUACACUUUUAACUCAAGAUAUUAACUCGUUCAGUUUAUUUGCAAUGACCAUGUACCCAUUCUGCAAUAUUUCAAACACAUUUACAGCAAAUUUUUACAUGGUUCUGGCACUUAUUUACAAUACAUUUGUUUACAUUGCUUUCAAGGUGCAAGGUCUAUAGAUUCAUAGAUAAAUGCAGCAAGAAAACUACUGCUGUGUGAACAUCGUAACUAUGUAUCGUUUCAACUACGGUGUUCACAUUUUGUCAGUAGCAUAACAGUUGUCUUGUUUUGUGUUGUAGUCCAUGAUCAUGGACAAUUUUUUUUGAUGAUGGAUAUACAAGUAUGUGAUACAAAACAAUCAAAUAAUAGUUUCUUACAUUUUUAAAUGUAAAUGUCUUAUUCAUAUAGAAAUUGAGUUUCGCUAGCGUUUGGCGACAGUAGUGAAAUAACUGUGAAUUUUUGGUGUAUGUUUUAGAUGCUGAAUAAAGUACUUGUGAACAUUGGUUGUUAUGAACGUUGGUUAUGCCACUGUUAAUAGUUUCAGUUUUAUAUUGCGGCAAGUUGCAUUUUGGAUCGCCUGCACAUAUUGGAUUAGGUUAAAGUGCCUUGCUUAACUUGAAAAUAGUUCAUCAAAAACAAGUUUGGCACAUGGCUAUGUUUACCUCUGGAAUAAAAUAGGGAAGUGAGAAAAAGUAAUUUCCUGCUGACGUGUCUGGAAAAAUACCAUUCCGGUUUUUCAGGGAAAACUGGGAUCCCGCCCAGCUCUGGAUUUAAUGUACUUUCUAAUUUUAUGAAUAUGUACUACACUAUGACAUAGGUUACAUUUGCCCCAUGAAAUAAUGCCCUAUUUUAUUUCAAGAAAAUAAUGGCCCUUAUCAAAACAGUACUAAACAGUGAACCUUUGAUUAACCAUCAUUCAUUUAACCGUUGAUGUCUGUUAUACGUAAAAUGUGUAAAAAAUGUAUCAACUAACAAACCAACAAUCAAACAAAUGGACAUCUUUAAAAUACGUUUAUAGUAGUAGUAAAUAUGUAUGUAUAGUGUACAUUCAGUACAUUUUUGUAAAUUACUACUAUUAUAUGAAUUGAAGUUCAUAUUGAUUUUUUUAUAAAAUUAUAUGCAGUGUAUGUAUUAUUUACUUAGGAAAAUUUAAUUUUAUUUUUGUCCCAAAUGCGCAGUGAAAUCACGUUACUGUACAUAUGUAUUAAGAGAUUUCUGUUUGUCUAUUCGGUUAUCCAUCAUACCAUUGGUCUAGAUGGUAAUGGUUAAUCAAAUUUUUACUUAUGUUUAAAUAAAUGUUAGUAAAAAUAUUUUGUUUUGCAACCACUGAAGUGUGUGUAUUGCCUACCAUUUAAAAAAACACACUGCUGCCAUUAAAAUAAAAUUUAAAUAUUAAAUAUAGUUAAAUAAAAUUAUAAAAAAAACAUAUACGUAUUUAAAUUAUAUUUUGAAAAUAAUCAUACUAAAAUAAAAAUUAAAUGGAAAAAAAAAAACUACAGCUGCAUUGUUUGACUUAAUAGGCUUUGUGAUGAAUAAGUAAUCAAAUUAUUAAUUUGGAAGCUGUGUUUAAAUUGUUUAUUAGAUUAAAGAAACCAUAAACUUUACAUUUUCUAUUAGCAAGAAAGUUAAUGUUAUUUUACACUCUUUGGUUUACUAAAAGUACAACACUAAAUUGCUAACCACAUGAUGCCACUAGUGGCCUGGAAGCUUCUGGCAUCUCACCAUAGCUGCUGCUAACUCGUGGAAUGGCAUACUGUGUAACAAUUGAUAAAACACACAAGGGGAGCUAGAAAUAUUUGUGUGGUGUCUAAAUCAAUCAGCUAUUUUAAUUGGGCACUAUUAGAUAAGUAACAAAUUGAAGGAAGUUAAUAGAUAUUAGGAAUGGGUAAGCUAUGAUUUUUAGAUCUGUCGUAUUAUUCAUUUGAUGCAUUGCGUUUAACAUUACACAAAUGCUGUUGACAUUGUACGCUUACAGAAUUAUACGUAGAUGGAAAAGAGCUUUUAGCAUAUGCCCAUGCUACUUCAAAUCAUGCAGUAAUUCAUUGGCGGGUGUAGUUUUGAAAUUGACUUCUGAUUUAAUCUGUGAACUGUUUCUUCUUAUUAUUGUGAUGGUACUGUAUUAACCAUUUAAAAAAUUUACAAAAGUUUGAAAUUACCACAAAUGGGUUAGCUGUUAUGACUAAUAUUUUUAAAACAGGUGUAUUUACAAUACUGGCUUUAUAUAUUUACUGUCUUCUGUCAUGAUUAUUUUUAAAUUGGUUCAUUGCUUUUCGCAAAAUACCGUCACAGGCUGGUUGUAGCCUAAAUGCUGUAUGACUGUAGUUAAUUCCAGUGUGUUACCCUUCUUGGUUCAAAUGGUGCUGUCAUGGAAAUAAAGUUUAGCCUGUACAUAGUCUGUCGUUUGUAAUUUAUAAUUAUUUAACUGUUAAUUUUUAUUGCUAUCCAAAUUUUGUUGUAAAACUGUUAUGGUGGCAUGUUGUUUUAAUAAUUAGAUUCAUAUUUAGUUUUUAUCAAUCAGCUCGGCACUUUUUUCCUUGUGUUUUUCCAUUAAGCUGUAUUUUAGGGUUUAAAUUGGUUUUUUUGAAUAAUAAUUUCUUUUUAUUAUGUUAGUAUGUUGAACCAAAUAAAAUGCUUGUGAUACUUAGAGUGAGGAGCUGUUAUGUAAAAGCAACAAAUAUUUAUAUCUUAUUUUUAUGCUUGCAGUGGUUUUCACUCUUCAGUAUUCAAACUUUGGUGUAAGCAGUAUUGCUGUAUUAAUUUUAAUUGAAAGUUUUGAACUGUGAAGUUUAAGUAUUUGGAAUUGCAGUAUGGUAGAUAUGUGUGUGAUAAUAUCUUUCUUCUUUCACAUGGCCACUGUAUUUCUUGAGCUGAUAGUUUUUUUGUCAUUUAUUACCUUUUAAGUUCAUACAGCCUGACAGUCAAAUUUAGCUCUUUGUAUUGUUAGCCAACUUCAGUCUUUUGUCUCUUAAAAUGCAUACAUGUUAAACUAACUAAUAAAUGGGGAGUGUCACUUGGAGUUACUUUUAAAUUUUAUAGAGAAAAAAAUUUUUUUAGCCCCAUUAAAAUAUUUGAUCUUAAAAUAUGUUUUGAGAACUGUUUUCAUGAUUGCUGAUGUUACUUUGUGCAUGACCUGAAAUAGCAGCAUUUGUCAAUAAUACUACAAUGUUAUUGAUACAGAAAACAGAUUUUUCAUUCUUAUUGUAUAUUUGAUAUUUUGUCUGCGACUGUGUUUUGCAACAAGAAAUUGAAUUCCUGUGUAUUGUAUAGUUGAGAUCAUAACACUUCUGUUAAACCAUUAUUCAUUAAUGAAAAAAAUUUGUACCUGCAAAAGUAUCAAGUACAAUAGGUCUGCACUGUACGAAUGUUGCAUCUGUGGUUGUGAUAGUUUCGACAAACUACAGCAGUGAACUAUCACCAGGCAUCUAAUAAACACUGUAUUUUGUCAUAUGAUUCUAUACAUAAGUCUUAUUUAUAGGCCUGUGCGAAUAUUACAAUUUUCGUAUCCAAAUAUGAAUAAAAUAAAUUAUUCGUUUUCAUUUUGACCUCGAAUACUAACAUUUCAUAAUAACGAAUAUUUGUUUGCUUACAAAUACUUCACAUGGUAUAUACGUAUACCUCAUGAGCUUGUCAUAUACCAAUGUUCACUGGUUAGAUUAAGUCGUUUGUGCAAUAUAAAUAUCCUUUAUUGAUGUGUAAUAGGUAGAGACAUGCAUAUUUCGCGAUUGCGAUAAAACGAAUUUUCCGUGAAUUUGAGUACAUUUUUAAGAAUAACGCGAAUUUCUCACAUUUUGGAUAAUAACGCGAAAUCCUUGAAUUUUCGGCGAACAGUCAGAAUAUUUUCCUCAUUCUAACACGGCAAUUCAAUUUGUAAAUACAGUAACAAACGUGAAACAACAAAAAACCAAAGAUAACUACCCACACAGUGUAUUUUAUAACAUGAAAAGUUGCUUUUAUUUCUAAACAUGUAACAAUUUAAGCCUAGGCGUGUAAAAGUCCGAGUAAUUACAGCAGGAGACAAUCUAAACUGUACUAGGGAAAAACGUAAACUCACGAAUAUAGAAACGUAACGGAAAUGUCGGAAAUAUUACGUGGCUGAUCGUAACAUUGUAAGUGCUGAUACUGUAUUUAUGUCACAACUUAGCCGAAAUACUGGUACGAGACAUGAACUUCACAAGAUAAAAUGAGUGGAAUCUUGGUAACUGUUUUAUACGUAUUAUAUAAUUUCGGAAGUAUUAUACUGUUGACGCAUAUUUUUUAAACUAACCAUUUAUUUGUGGGGAUCGUAAAUAAUUAAUUAUUGGUAUCAAGACAUCAAGAUGAACGUAAACUUGAACAUGUCACGGCAGCGAGUAAGCGGGUGCGUAUACCAAUAAACUGGUAUUAGAACUGGACAAAACUGGUACACGGGAGGUGGAGCUUAUAUUUUUUUCCGCUAAGCUCGCUUCUAUUGGCUGGCUGCUGAUGGAAGGUCACGAGUCUGGGCGGAGCAUUGAAUGAGUUAUACUGCGCAUGCGCAGCUCAGAGAACAGACGCCGCAGGCCGCACUGUAACAACAGAUGAUCGAGUACAAUGACCUUUCUCCGAGCAAGGCGCGCAAUUGACGGUAAAUUUUCAUCAAUUUGCACCCCUUUUUUAUUUAUUUUUACUGUGUAAUGUAGCCCGUUCUGAACGCUGCAGGAUGCGACUGUAUUUUAAUUAACUUUAACGUAUUUCUUACUUUUCCCUUUAUUUACACUUUCCCGCUUUUUACACUUUUUUACUUUGUCCCCAUGAAAAGUGCAAAUAAGGGGUUUUGCUGUAUUUUGAUAUUCGGCUCGCCUGGACAGUCGAUUAUCACGGUGUUUACAGCAGGUUGUUUCUCGAAGCGUUGUUCUCUUAUAUAGUCUUUAGCGUUGUUUGUCCAUUGCGUCCAUUUUUAUUAACCAAAUACCAAAUUUAAAAUGCAAACACGGUGACGAUUCGUAACAUUCUGUUGUGCGCAAGUUAAAGUUUAACGGGUCGAAUUUUGUUACAGAUAGUUUUCAACGUCUGUGAAAUAAAUUAAAGGUGUACAAUUUAAAGGUCGGCUAAAACAUUAGGCCUAUUAAAAUGCCUAAAGUGCCGGUAACUGCAAAACAGCGAGCCUCUGAAUUUUCUCAACACGGACUUUAUGCUAGUGAUUCAACCACACUUUUUUGUCGUCACUGUAAUGUCACCGUCUCUUGGGAUAGGAAAGACUCAUGUGAAAAACAUGUAGGCAGUGAAAAGCACAAGAAGCGUCUCUCUUCAUUGCAAGGCUCAUCUAGUGCGCCUGAACGCCAGUCGUCAAUAUCUUCAGCGUUUCAGACAGCAAAAAAUAAUGUCCAAAAAGACAAAAAGUUGGAAUUUAUAAAGGAAACAGCAGAGACCUUUAUAAAGGCAAAUAUACCCCUUGAAAAGCUUGAUGAUCCUAAUAUCAGGGCAUGGCUGAACAAAUACAUCGAAGGUGCUGGAGACAUGCCACUUGCGAGAACAGUCCGUGAGAAAUAUGUAGGGGACAUAGCCAAAUGCAGAAUUGAAGAUGCCAAAACUGCAUUAAAGGACAAAAAAAUUGACAUACUGUGCGACGAAACAACAGAUAAAAUGGGUAGGUGUGUAUUUGUUGUUUUAUUUAGAAUUCUGAAUCUUCAACAGGAUAAACCAGAAAUAUUUGUUGCAGGAGUUCACUUUCUUGAAGCUGCUAAUGCCACAAACUGUGUGAGGGCAAUUUUAGAUUCACUCAAAAUGUACAAUGUACAGUAUGGUGAUGUGCUCUCAGUAGUAACCGAUGCUGCUCGUUCUAUGACCAAGGCUGUUAGUACUCUCGAAGUAAUCCUUGGAGACCAGUUAACGCAUGUCCAGUGCUGGGCACAUAAGUUAAAUCUUGUUGGCAAUGUCUGGGUGAAAGAGUUGCCUGAGUUGAACAAUGCUAUGAGCAAAAUAAAAAAUGUGUUCAACAACACCAGGAAAAGAAGGCACCUGUAUGCUAGCUUUCUUGAAGAAAAGCAUGGAGAGAAACGUCCAUUGUUCCCACUUCCUGUUGUUACUAGAUGGAAUUCCUGGUUCAACAGUGUUUUUUAUGUAGCAGACUACAUACAUGACAUUGUUGAUUUCUGCAAAACAGAUGAACUAAAGGCAACACAAAAUUCAGGGGUUGAGUUUCUGUGUUCACUCACAGAAAAUGACAUUUCUCUCAUUCUUUGUCAAGCUGUCUUUGUGAAAGAGCAUGCCAAGAGCCUUGUAGAGCUAAUACAGAAACUUGAAGGUUCUUUGUAUCCAACUGCCCAUUCACUAUAUGGGGACUUGCAAGGUAUAAAAAAAAAAUUUGAAAACAUCACUCGUGGCAUUUAUUUUGAGGCAACCAGUAGAGCUUUGUCUAACAUGCCCCCCGCUAAAGCUGCUGAAGCUAAAGUGUCCAUCACAAGAACAGCAACACAAGCCCUUUCCAAACUGAACUCUCUCAUGACAACUGAUCCAAGUAGAAAGAGAUUUGAAGCAAUUCAAAUUUUUAGUCAGGAAAGUUUGUUGCUUACUAAAUUAAACCCAGAAAUGGUGCAGAAACUGAAAACUGUCCAUAGUCUCUACUCCAUAAGCACUGAAGAAUUAACAGCUGGUUUUGGUCAGCUUCAGGACAUUGUUACAAAACAAAUGGAAACAGACAAUUCAGUGGACGUAGUGAAGUCAUUGAAUGUAGUAAAGCUGUCACAGCCAUUGUUUGCUUCCAGCUGCCUUGAAGCCAUCUGGAUGCCUUCUGCAAACGUUGACUGUGAACGAUUUUUGUCCUCAUAUAACACAGUCUUAACAGACCGCAGGACAAAUUUAAGUGAGGCUAAUUUGUGUAUCAUGGCUACUUUUGCUUUCGAGAGCUAAAGUUUGAGGAUUUUGUUCCAUGUGUUUAUGUCACUAUUUUAGAGACUUCAUAUUUAUUCUUGCUGGUUUAGGUACUAAAAUAUUUUCAAUUACUGUAUGUAAAAAGUGAUGUGUAAAUUCGAUUGUAAAUUACUGCUGCUAGUGCAACUGUACAAUGCAAGAAUGUGUCCAAAAUUUCAAGGUAUGCUUAGCUUAAUUUUUUAAAUUUAUAGUGCUAAAACUAUUUAAAAAAUAACACCGCUUUUGAUGUAUGAUAACACCACUUUUAAGGGUAAAUAACAACGAAUUUUGCUAUAAAAUAAACCCCAAAACUGCAUGUCUCUAGUAAUAGGACUUCAUAAUCAAAAACAUGAACAAUGAGUGAUGUUUUAAACAUGCAAAACGUAGUCUCGCUAAAAAGUAAUGCAAUAAUGCAUGUAAACAAUUCAAAAUAUAGCAUAUUUUGUCAUUUAAAACUUGAAAGCCAAUUAUUAUUUAUAUUAUUUUCAUCACACGCACCAUAAGUGGGGGAAAAAAAAGUAAAUCAUGGACUACACCACCACAAAACAUGGAAACUCCAUUGAGAUGGGCAUUAAAAGAAGUAAGCAUCAUAGUUUCAACGGCGUAUAAAUUGAUAGUCACAAUCAAACACCAUGUGAUACAGAAGCAGCUUACCUAAUUGCUACAUAUGUCUAUGAUGAAACAGACUUUCCAUCUCAAAAGUACAUAAAUAUGUAACUGUAAAUAAUGGUUUAAGAUGCAAGAUGAAAAUAGCAAAAAUUUUGUUUAUACGUAUUAUUGCUGAACUUGAAUACAAUUUACCCGGCUGCCAUUAACAACGAAAACUUGUGAAUAACUAUAGUUUAAAUAUGUAAAUAUGAGCUCAUUCAAUCACUCAUUUGCGAAUACAAAAUUAACAAAAAAAAAUUGUUUUUCGUAAAAUAGAUUGCAAUGGAUUUCACGGUAUUUUGCUGUUGGUGAAAAAUUUUUGAAUCAAUAUGUAGCGAAGCAGGUUGUGGAAAAUAAGUCGAAUUGGAACUGAAAUGAAAGGUUGGUUGGUUAGUUGGUUGGUUUGGUUAAGUUUUUUUAGCUGCAUAUUUAAAAAAAGUUAUUUCAUAAUUUAAAUAUUUGUACAAACAUUUUCCUUUUAAUUAUUGUAGCUUUCUUGACUAAACUAACUUUCGGCUUUAGUAAUAUUUGUCUAAUUUUCUGAAGUUAUAUGUCGUGAAAAAUUUUUUUUGGUGGAUUAUAAUUGUCAUUCGUACUAUUCAAAUUUGAUACUGGUAUUAGCAAAUAAUUUGAUAAUCGUAUUCGUUUUCAAUUUUUAUUAAACAACUGAUAUUCACACAGGCAUUCUUAUUUAUUUAAUAUUUAAUUGGUGGUAAUAAAUAGUUCCUUGUACAUAUUAAUGUGUAUAGGCUGUUAAUAAUAAUAAUAAUUGUAAAUAGUGUGAGAUGUGAAAAUAAUAGAAUGCUGUUAAAACAUUUUCCAGGUUGAAAAGAGAAUAAAAAAGGUUUUGUGCAGUCAACUUAAACAACCAGAAAUUCAUUACAUUUUCAGAACUUCUAUUUAAUUUAUUAAUCUUUUUGAUAUUUAUUUUCAGGAAAGCUAUUAAGAAUAUUGUUCAUACAGUAUUUUUAUUUAUUCCAGAAUAUUAUUUAUAUUGAUUUUUUUCUGGAAUCAUUUAUAUACUUUUAUUUAAUUUAUAGUAGCCAUAAUUUGAGAAGCAUCACAAUUAUUAUUGGUUCUGUUGAAGCUUUAUGCUUUUUUUGGAGCAUAAUUUUCAGUGUAUUUACUUUAAAUUAGGUAAAGUUAGUUUUUACGAACCCUAUAUUGAUUUAAUUUACUGUUUUGACACUAUGUACUUUAAUGACAAUCACUGCACAAAAAUAAUGAAUAGUUUUACCAUUUUAAAGUUUAUUUGUUGAUUUUAUAAGCAGGAAAUAUAGUGUUAUGUACGUUAAAUUUAUGCCUCUUUCUUAUGAAUAAAAUGGCAGUACUGUAAAAUAAUAGUGGAACAAGCUGGAAAAUGUUAUUAGCAAAAACCUUACAUAAAUCAGGGCUCUAAUGCAUUUUACUGUGUUGCAUUGUCAGUUAAAUGCAAUUAAGGAUGAUUCUUGCAAUUGUGAAUUAUGGCUGUUCAUAGAAAAAGAUUUUAUUAUUGAAUUAAAAAAAAAUUGAUUCUAACUAUGUUGAGUUCUUGAAGACUUGUCCAAGGUUAUGUGAUAUCUUAUGCUAAGCAAGUGAUCUCAUGUGAGUGAUCCGUUACAUUAAGUGUUUGAAUGGGAGAAACUGUAUGAUGUGACAUAAUUGUCUAUAAAUUACAUUGUAUUAUUUUUUAAUAUUCUUUUAGGAAAUGCGCAAUUAAUUUUUUCAUUUUAUAAAUUAUUUUUGUGGCUAUUUUGAUUUUGAAAUAUUAGGAUAUGGAAUUUUGUGAAUUGUGGUGUGUACUUAUCUAGAAUAAUAAGUGUAUACUUACGAUUAAUGGACUUUAUUUGUAUUACAGUAGAAUUACGAUAGUCUGGCAUCCAAUGGUCCGGAAUGCUGGAUGGUCUGGCACCAGCAAGUGAUGUACGGAUUUGAGUCGACUAAGUGAACCUAAACAUAAGUGAAGCAAAACACUUGUAAUAUUUGGCUAAUGUUGAUAAACUUUUACAGUACGCACAUAAGUGGUCGUCAGGAACGCUCAUGCGACCAGGGAGAAGAACAAUUUAUAUGUUGGUAAAAUUUUACGAAUCUAAUCUAUAUACAGUGAAAUAUUUUUUUUACGCUUCACAAGAAUCCAAGAAAAAUUCAUGAAAAUAUGGUUUAAAUGAAAACGAGACAAAUAUAUGUAUGGAACCAUAAUAUAGUGGUGUAAAAUACAAGGAAAUAAAUAAUAACUGGGAAUGCAUUUGAUCCUUCUGAUAAUAGAAUGAGAAAAAAGAUUAAUUUUAAUUAUAAUCACAGAUUAUUUGAUACAUAUAAAAAACAUAGAACUACUACAUUGCUAAAACAAAUGCAUAUUUUUUUAAUAAAUCAGCUUGGCUUCAUACAUGUUACGCUCUUCUCUUUUAAAUAUUUUUUUUUUUUUUUUUUUGGAAUAAGUUCCACUUUAUGUAUUUUGUCGGUAAGGAAUAGUUUAAAAAAAGUACUCAAUUUUAACUGUUGAAUCAUAUAUCAAAUAAUUCACGAAUAUCAAAUAAAUUUCAAACACGUGCAUUCGGCACAGUUCGGGUUAGUUCAGAAGUCAUCUGAGCGUGUUCUUUCAGAACUCUGUAGUCAUUGACAGCAGGUUUAGUUUGGCUUGUACCAUAGCUACCUGAAUAAAGUAUAAAGAGAAGCACACAUUUUUUGUAAAAUGCAUGCUGAAAAAGCCUCGCAGCAAUGUUGGAUGUCACAAAUUCCGUCAAGCUCUAAGGUUGGUUAGUCUGCUGUUGAUUAUUGGAUUACUGAGGUUUGUUAGUAUGUGGUUUUGUGAGAAAAACAUUGCAAAGAGUACUGAAGGUUUGCAUUUGCAUUUUCCUGCAAUUGCUGAAAAACUUAAAAUGAUUAAAGAACCUGGAAAUGUGAAAUUGUGCUGCGAGAAAAAAUACAUUUAUGCGGAAAGUCACGUAUGGGCUAGAAAGGAAAAAAAAAUGGUUUUCGAAUUUUGGUGAUAUUACAAUAAAUAUUUUAUUUGAAA